AUGGGUUCUAUAUUAAGUAAAGAACAAUUAAUGAUAAAAGCUAUUGAACAUCAAGAUAUUAAUGCAAUGAAAAUACUUAUCAACGACUUAACACGUGAACAAAUGAAUAUGAUGUGUAAAUAUAUUGUACCUAGAAAUGAAUAUCAAUAUACAAUACUUCAUUUAGCAACAUGGCAAAAUAAUCCACAAUUAUUAAAUUUAUUAUUAGAUUAUGCUGAUGAUUUAGAAAUACGUGAUGGUUUUGGUUGGACACCAUUAAUGACAGCUAUUAAUCGUGAUAGUAAAGAAAAUGUUAAAAUUUUAUUAAAUCGUGGUGCAAAAAUUAAUUGUGAUUUUGUUCAAGGCAUGGAUCUUAUUGCAAUAGCUAUGGCUUUUCAUGAUACUGGCAUGAAUAUAUAUAUAUAUAUAUUUUAA